AUGGCCGGGAAGGCGGCGGCCGCGACAGCGGCGAGGUGGGCAGAGGGGUACCCGUGGAGGGAGAAGCUGGCCAAGUACAAGGGGGAGCUCGGGAAGGGGGUGUGGGGGUACUGGGAGCUCGGCGCGUGGAAGCCGCUCGGCAUCAGCGCCCGCAAGCGCGCCCGCGUCCGCAAGGAGGUGCUCCUCGCCGGCGAGGACUGGACCUAUGACCCGCCCCGCGGGGAGAUGCGCACCAAGCGCAAGGGCCACAAAUGCGACCGCAUCUCCGCCGAGAAGCGAGCAAAUACUGUUGAGCUGAUGAAAAAGAUGCCCCAGAUGCUGCUCGACUACAAGGUGGGAGAAAAAGAUGAAAGAGGAGGAGAGCGGCAAGAGUUGAUAUCAAACAGCUCAUCCAUGGUGCUGCUCUUCCUAAAUAAGGAGGAGGAUGAGAAGAAGAAGAUAUGGAUUUUGAUAAAAAGAGAGUAUGGUGACGAGAAGAUUUACUGGCUUCAUCAUCCUUUGAUGAAGACUAAUCUGAUGCAUGGUGGUGCAGCAAUGUCCAGUAACAGCAAGCUUACUAGUGGAAUUGUAAAUUUGACGUUCACUAACUGCUGGUGCUGGGCAAGAUGGACUGGACUAGUUGAAUCGCUGCUAACUCUCUUAGGAGUACAUAUCAUGGUGACGUGCACUGUUGUGCAAUCUGAGCCGUAG